AUGAUUUUGAGUGAAUUUAAUAUUGUGUAUCUGUCUAAGAAGGUUAUAACAGCACAAGACAUAGCUGACCAUCUUGGAGAAAAUAUAGUUGAUGAAGAAUAUGAAACUCUCAAGACUUAUUUCCCAAAUGAAGAGGUAUUACUUGUGGAUGAAGAUAUUUCUGAAACAUACCUUGGUUUGAUAGUAUUAUUUGAUGGAGAAAAAAAUCACCUAGGGAAAUGUAUUGAAGCAUUCUUAGUGUCAGAAUCUGGUUACCACUAUCUUAUGGUGGAUAAACUCCGAUUUGAUUGCACUAAUACUAUGGUUGAAUCAGAAGCAUGCAUUCUUGGGUUGAAGAUGGCCAUUGACAUGAACGUCCAGGAGCUUCUGGUUAUUAGAUAUUCAGACAUGUUGAUUCAUCACGUUCAAGACACUCCAAAAAGACAGAAUGAGUUCAGACUUAAACCCAAAAGAAAUAAUGAGUUUGCUGAUACUCUUGCCACCAUCGCCUCAAUGAUUAAACAUCCAGAUACUGAUUAUAUCGAUCCUAUGGAUAUACAAGUAAAGAAGAAACCAGUCCAUUGUUCACAUGUUGAACCGAAACGAGACGGUUUGCCGUAG